AUGGCGGACAUAAUCAUGACCCGUCCAGCCGGUGUAGCGGGCACGACAACCUCGCCGCCUGCUAUAACAUCUUUCCCGAGAAACCCCCUGACAAAGUCAUUUUCGCGCCCGAAAGACUGCACCGGCGUCUCCAAGUCAACCUUCCUCGCCAUGAUGGACCUCAGUUCGACCUGCCUGCCCCCCGGCCUCAAGACAGAGUCAGACGCAUACUUUUCGCCCGGAAUCGCCUGUCCUUCCGGCUAUGUCAGCGCCUGCCACGACAAUAACGGAGUCGCGUCCCUGACGACCGUCACAUGCUGUCCGACGCUCAACCGCGAGGUGAGCCUCUCCUGCGUCGACGACAGGACGCUGCAAGGCGUAUGGAAAACGUUGUUCUGCACCUGGAUCGCGCCCAAGACCAAGACCACGCUCCCGGUAACCUUGAGCCAAAACGGAGUCACAAGCACCGAAAAUAUGGAGUUCUCGAGCCCCGACGGCGUGAACGCGUUUGGCAUUCGCAUGGUAUACCAGAAGACGGACACGGACACGCCGACAGCGACGACCACAAGCAGCGGCGGCACAGGACAAACAACAAGCAGCGAGCCGAUAGAAUCAGAAACAAGCACGCCCUCGCCAGACGACGAUGGGGGGCUCUCCACGGGCGCAACGGUGGCGAUUGGCGUUGUCGUCCCGGUUGUGGUCAUUGCGGCGUUGCUUGGGAUCCUGCUUUGGUGGCGGAGAAGGCGAAGGCAUCACCACAGCCAAACCGCCGACGGCGGUGGCGGCGAGCUGUACAAGUACCAGCCGCAGCAAACGGCGGAGCUACACGGGCAGCCUAUGCAGGAGCUGCAGGGGAGCGUGGUCGACCCUGUUGAACUGCCGGGGUCGAACCCGCAUCCGAGGCGGCCUUGA